UGCUCAGGAAUACUCCACCCUCACAGCAACUUCCCAAUGAGAGCAGAGAGGCGGUGAGCUCAGCUGCACAAGAGACAGAGGGUAAAUCCAAGUGGGAACCUCACAGGGAAAAGCUGUGACAAAGACAGAAGGUUGCAUUUGCCUAAUUUUGUUACAUCUUGAGUGAGAUUUCAUGAGUAGAGUAUCCACUCUCCCUGAGAGUCACCUAGAAAGCUUGCAUUUUUAACAAAAGAUUUCUAGAAAAGCAUCCUUUUUCCUCUGGCGCUUCCUCUGCCCAUCUCCCUUAGUGAAGGCUAAAAUCAAGAGUUUGGGGAUUCUUUUGGUGAGAAAUCAAGUCCAGAGUGAGCUUUUGCCACAGCACUGAAGAGACCCUGGCUCCUGUAAAGAUGGCUGACGUGGUGCAGCCAGACACCAACAGCUUGCAGAUACCCGGUGAGAAUUUAUCCGUCCCCUCGUCGCCUGCCACAGGUAGAAAUGACUGCAGCAUCACACCGCUCACACCCUCACCCUCACCGAGGGUGGAGGUCAGACCCAGGAUGGCCUGUCCGUUUUCUGUUGUUGUAGCGAUUGACUUUGGGACCACAUCAAGCGGCUAUGCCUUUAGCUUCACCCAGGACUCGGAGGCUAUACACAUGAUGAAGCGCUGGGAGGGUGGCGACCCUGGGGUGGCGAAUCAGAAGAGCCCGACAUGUCUACUGCUGACUCCAGAGUUAAGAUUCCACAGUUUUGGGUUUGCAGCUCGGGACUUCUACCAUGACCUGGAUCCAGAGGAGGCCCGGCAUUGGCUAUACUUUGAUAAGUUCAAGAUGAAGAUCCACAGCACAAGUGACCUCACCAUGGAGACGGAGCUGGAGGCAGUAAAUGGUCGGAGGGUCAGAGCCAUCGAGGUGUUCGCCCACGCCCUGCACUUCUUCAGGGAACAUGCUCUUAAGGAGGUGAAGGACCAGUCAUCAUCAGUGCUGGAGGGAGAUGAGAUCAGAUGGGUCAUCACUGUCCCGGCUGUGUGGAGACAACCUGCCAAACAAUUCAUGAGAGAGGCUGCAUACCUGGCUGGCCUGGUGUCUCCAGACUGUCCUGAGCAGCUCCUCAUUGCUCUGGAACCUGAAGCUGCGUCCAUUUACUGCCGUAAGCUCCGCCUCCACCAGGUGAUUGACCUGAGCUUGCAGCCACUUACAAACGGUCUGGAUCUGGACGGGUCCAGGCCUUUUGACUCCAGCUUCAGACAAGCAAGGGAGCAGUUGAGACGAUCCAGACACAGCAGAACCUUCCUCGUGGAGAGUGGAACUGGAGAGCUUUGGUCAGAGCUGCAGACGGGGGAUAGAUACAUUGUUGCUGAUUGUGGAGGAGGAACAGUUGACCUGACAGUCCAUCAGAUUGAGCAGCCUCAGGGAACACUGAAAGAGCUGUACAAAGCGUCAGGUGGUCCACAUGGUGCUGUCGGGGUAGAUUUAGCCUUUGAAGCCAUGCUCUGUCAGAUCUUUGGAGAGGACUUUGUGCAGAGCUUUAAAGCAAAGCGUCCAGCUGCCUGGGUGGACCUCACAAUCGCAUUCGAAGCGAGGAAACGGACAGCGUCACCGGGUAGGGCCAACGCCCUCAACAUCUCCCUGCCCUUCUCUUUCAUUGACUUCUACAAGAGACACAGGGGGCAGAGCGUGGAGGCAGCCCUCAGGAGGAGCAAUAUGAACAUAGUUAAGUGGUCGUCCCAGGGCAUGCUGCGGCUGACACAAGAAGCAAUGAAUGAGUUGUUUCAGCCCACCAUCAACAAUAUUGUCAAACACAUUGAGGAGCUGAUGGCAAAGCCAGAGGUGCGCGGUGUGCGUUUCCUUUUCCUGGUUGGUGGUUUUGCAGAGUCACCUAUGCUGCAGAAAGCAGUCCAGAAAGCACUGGGGCGGACAUGUCGCAUCAUCAUCCCCCACGAUGUAGGACUGACCAUACUAAAGGGUGCUGUGCUCUUUGGCCUGGAUCCUACAGUGGUCAGGGUCCGUCGAUGUCCCCUCACUUACGGCGUCGGGGUCUUGAACCGGUUCGUUGAGGGGCGCCACCCACGUGACAAACUCCUCAUCAAGGAUGGUCGAGAGUGGUGCACCGACAUCCUUGACCGCUUUGUCUCUGUCGACCAGUCCGUGGCUCUCGGUGAGGUCGUGAGGCGUAGCUACACACCUGCCCGUCUGGGCCAGCGGAAGAUCAUCAUCAACAUCUACUGCAGCGCCACAGAUGACAUCAUAUACAUCUCUGAUCCUGGAGUCAGGAAGUGUGGGACGAUAACAUUGGAUCUACCAGAACCGCUACCACUUCCGGGAGCAGUGGGAGGGGCAGGAGGAGGAGGGGGUCCAGAGAGAAGAGAGAUCAGGGCGACCAUGCAGUUUGGCGACACUGAGAUCAAAGUCACAGCCGUUGACGUCAUGUCUAACCGCUCUGUCCGGGCUUCCAUAGACUUCCUGUCUAACUAAGGAGGAGCAGGAAGGGGAGAGUUGGAUUGGAAAACAGAAAUAAUUGUAAAAGGGGGUGACUAUUUCAAGAAAAAGUGGUACUUUGGGAGAGGGAGAAUUUUUUUUGGAAGGAAGAGAAACAUCCUGAAGUUCAGACAUUUGGGAGAGACAAGAAGAGAUUUGACUGUUUCCAGUCUUCAUCUAAGAACUUGUCACUGUCCUGAAGAAAAUAUACAAGCUGAAUGAACUCUGAAAGCUGAAACAGGCUAGUCCCAGACUACAUGUACCCUCUGCGACAAAGAUAACUACUAAUUUAACCGGUCUGACAGUUUGACUGUUACCUAUAGACGCUACAAUACACUAUACUACCUAGAGUGAAAAUCACUCAUUUUACUCUGUAAAUAAGACUGUUGCCUAUUCUCUCAUACUCUGAAUCUUAAAGGAGAAUCUCUUCAAUUCUGUUCAGAUACCUCAUUUAAACCUAAAUCCACUAUCCACAACCUAUAUGAUACAUGGACUCCAGCUUAAUUCAUCUAAUGGAAUUAAGGUGACCUUACUUUAGGAUGGAAAGUCUGAACCAAGAGCUCUUGAGCAUCAAAUAAAAUCACACCAUCAUUGCUAUAAGGCAGGGGUCAUCAGCUACAUUUGUACAAGUUUUUCCUUGGUUGGUGCUUUAAGGGCCAAACUUUCAAAUAAAAUAAAGUUAAGAGACAUCUUUGUUUAAUUAACAUAUCUUAAAUAUUUUAUUCUAUUUCAAAUGUAUGCCAUUUUUAGCCUCUAAAAGUAAGAUCAGUCUUUAUACCAAAGCCAGCCACAAGGGGGCGAUUGAGAUAUUUUAGCUGAAUGGGGGCUGUUAAGUUCUCUAUUAUUGAGUUCAGUGCUAAAAUGGUGUGCCCUGAUUGGAGAAAAACUGAUGCAAAAAAAAUUUAAAAAAGGUCUUUAGUUUUGAUUCUUUGGAAGGAAAAUGCUUGAGGACGAAAGAAAACAUUUUUUUUAGUCAAGAAUGAGCUCAAAAUAUGCGUUUAUCAUGCAAUGGGUGACAGGUGGAUUUCUGAAUCAAACAUCUAACCAAUCUGGACAAUAUUUAUCAAUGUCAGUUAAUGUUUUAAUAGCUGUAGGGAAUAUGCAUCAACCUAUUUUUUCUUCUGCAUAUUCUGAAUUUAAUAAUGUUUUGGGGGCCGGAUGGGAAGAUGUGGGUGGCCUGAUGUGGCCCUCGGGCCACCGGUUGAUGAUCACUGCUAUAAAGAAAUUAUGCACCAUAUUAUGUGAAGUCCCAUUCACAUGUAGUUGUAUGUCCAGUAUUGUUGGAGUAAAUCAAGAUUACGGAUUCUUCUUACAAGUUGGUUUACAGAUUUUAUUCAAGCUUAAAAACUAUUGGGAAAUUUAAACUGAUUGGAGCUUAUUGUUUUUAAAUACAGAAAUCAAGCUUUCACCUUUGACGUAACUGCUCAUUCAAGAUCCAUGUAUGCUGUCUUGUGGUGCUCUCUACCACACCUUUGUAAUGCAUUUUAUUUAUAGGCAAAUUUCAAAGCACUCAUGGUCACUUUAGUUGAAAAUUAGGUCCUCUUUCAGUCUUCUUCAGCAGAUGGAUCUUGCUCACCUGUGAUUUCCACAAUGUCUGUGGCAAACGCUGUCAUAUUAAAAGGAACCUGACAUGAUCAGACAAAUUCAACUAAUUGGAUAGAUAUUUCACAUGUAUAUUGAACAAAAAACUCACUAGAUAUCUGCAUUUUGAGUAAAUUUGAGCUUAUAAACUCACCAGGGGUCCGCCAUGUUUUGGUGUGCACUGGUUGUGUGACGUCACUUGGCUGGAGCAUUCCUCGCCGCUCCUAUGCUGUAACUAGCUGUCUAGACUGGCAACAUGUUUUACUGCUUGAAUCCCUUGCAUGUGUCCUCUAGUCGCCAUAACAGCUUUUUUUAUGCUUUGUGUGCUGUGUGUUGGCUUUGUCUCUCUGCUAUCAAAGCUCUGCCAUUUCCUUAACCCAGUAAACCUCCCUACAAGUGUCCCGAAUCAAGGUACAGUGGAACCGUUCUGGGAGCUUUAAAAGAGCUCUAAAGAGAACUAAAAGAGUUUCUCCAAAGAAAUGCUAAGGCGGAUUUUUACUUUGAAAGGCACAAACCGGAAGUGUUUUCGUACUUUGUGUAUUUUUACCAUACCAGCAGCAUUAUGUGGAAAAGAACAUGUCAUAAAUAGUAGAAGUUUGGGAAGCAGCUAUAUUAAACAAACAUUUUAGCUUGUGGUCUUCUUCUGGGUCAGAUUUCAAACAUAUUCUACCUGUGUGGAAGUGCAUGUUUGCUACAAAAAGGCAAAUAUGGCACUGUAUUUAUCAUUUUCCUGUCUUUUUUUGACAAAUAACUGCUCGUGGCGCACAGAACAAAAAUGGACGAGACCUUAAAUCUAACAAAUUUCCAUGCACGAGACGUGCAGCGUCUCUACAGCAUGUGAGAGCACCACUCUAGUGACGUCACAGUACCAGCUUGGACCAAAACAUGGCUGCCUCAAUGUAAAUGUGAGAUGCAAAUAUCUAUUCAAUAAGGUGUGUGUCUGAUCAUACAGGGAUCCUUUUAAGGAAGGCAGGUAGAUAUAAGCUCAGAAAAAUAACAUGUUCGAAUUAAGUUUUUUUACUGCUCUCUAAGGUCAAACUUGUCUAAAGUAAAGACACUAAAUCUUUGUAAGAUUAUGCAUGAGUACAAAUUACAAGGUUAAUAAUAAAACUGACUUUUAUGCUGUAACCACUUGCAUGUUACAUAAUGUAACAAUAAUAAAUCACUGUACUGUGUUAAAUAUUUUCACCCA